AUGAAAUCAAGAAAUCAAAGGAAAUCGCUAACAGACAUGCCAUUGGAAGUGAUGGAGAAAAUAAUAGUCGACUUGGGAAAAAUUUCAGCACUCGAGGCUUUCAGGAUGAAAAGUGUUUGUAGAUACUUUAAAGAGGCAGGAAAAACGAAUGAAGUAUAUAAACAUAUGGAGGCAGAUGGAUUCCGAUUUCGUGGUUGGUCUGACCAGAAACAUACAAUUUUCAACAAAUGCAUAGAGAUGAGAAACCCAAAUAUUCUGUUCAGGAAUGGAUUGAUGAAGUUAUUUUUCCUAGAAGAUGAUCAUGAAGGGAAAACGAUGCUUGAAGAAGCAUCUGCAUGGGGACAUUUGGAUUCAACAUUUUCCCUGGGAAUGAUGGUGAUGGCUAAAAGGAGACAUAGGAAGCAGGAAGCUUUGGACAUGUUGAACAAUGCUUACCACAGAGCAAAAGUGGAUGAAGAUCAUCUUGAGGCAAUUUAUUUUCUUGGAAUGAUCUACAUUUCAAGAGGGCCUCAUCAAUGUGAUGAAUUUCCAGAUAAUGGGGAGUACACGGGUGUUGUUGAUGGUGCCAAAGAGUUGUUGCAGGCUGUUGAUGUUGUACAUAGACUUACAACGAAUAACAUCACAUUCCAAUGUGAAGACCCACGUCAUUCUGUUAAAGGUGAAUUUGUAAUAGGCCAUGAAAUGUUUUUGAAUUGGUAA